AUGAGUUCAUCAGAUGAUAAUGUUGCCCUUUCAUUGAGGAACGGAGACAUGGAUCAGGACGAAGAUAUGCCUUUAUCACAGAUUAGUUCAAAAUCGACCGAUACUACGUCUGUGGAUGGUAAUAGUAUAGAAAGUAAGAAGCUGGGUAAAAAAAGAAAAGCUAGUACUCCAACAAAUGACAAAGCGAAAAAGGUGAAAAGAGCAAAAAAUACCAUCAAGAGCGAAAGCGACGAUGAAGAUAUACCUUUAGCAUCCACCACUACUCCUCCUAAGAAAACGCCGAAGAAGAAGACUGAAUCGGCAAUUGCAAAACCAGAAAAUGGUACCAAAAAGGUGAAAAGUGCGAAAAAGAAUGGUGUUAAGAAGGUCGAUGCCAUUAAAAAAGAAAAUGAAGCUAAGACGGAGAAAGAGUCCAGUUCAACUCGUGAAGACGAAGAAGAAGAAGAAGAAGAAAAGUACAAAUGGUGGGAAGCAGAAGAUGUUGAUGGUGAACAGAAGUGGGAGUCAUUGGAACAUAAUGGUGUUAUCUUUCCACCCGAAUACGAACCAUUACCAUCACACGUCAAAUUACACUACGAUGGAAAGCCUGUUGACUUGCCAUUAGAAGCCGAAGAAGUUGCAGGGUUUUUCGGAGCGAUGAUGGAAACAGAUCAUGCUAAGAAUCCUACUUUCCAGAAAAACUUUUUUGAAGACUUCUGUAAGGUUUUGAAAGAUGCAGGUGGCUGUAAUGUUAAUAUCAUUGAUUUUCACAAAAUGGACUUUUCAAAGAUGCAUGCACAUUUCGAAAUGUUGAGGGAUCAAAAGAAAUUAUUAAGCAAAGAUGAAAAGAAAGCUAUUAAAGCUGAGAAAGAUAAAUUUGAAGAACCUUACAAGACGUGUUUAUUGAAUGGUCAUAAGGAGCAAGUUGGGAAUUUUAGAAUUGAACCUCCUGGAUUAUUUAGAGGUAGAGGUGCACAUCCUAAAACUGGUAAAUUAAAAAGAAGAGUUAUGCCCGAGGAUGUUACUUUGAACUUAAGUGAAGGUUGCAAAAUCCCGGAACCACCACAAGGUCAUAAAUGGGCUGAAGUGCGCCACGACAAUACUGUAUCCUGGUUGGCUAUGUGGAAAGAGAAUAUUGCAGAUUCCUUCAAGUAUGUCAGGUUUGCUGCAAACUCCUCUAUUAAGGGUUUGUCCGAUUUUAAAAAAUUCGAAACUUCAAGAAAAUUGAGGUAUCAUAUUGAUGAAAUCAGAAAGGAUUAUACUAAAAUGUUGAAGGAUCCAUUAAUGCAAAACAGACAAAUGGCAACGGCUUGUUAUCUUAUUGAUAUUUUUGCAUUGAGAGCGGGUGGUGAAAAAGGUGAAGAUGAAGCUGAUACUGUCGGUUGCUGUUCAUUAAGAUAUGAGCAUAUUACCUUAAAACCUCCAAAUAAAGUUAUUUUUGACUUUUUGGGUAAAGAUUCUAUUAGAUUCUAUCAAGAAGUUGAAGUUGAUAAACAAGUUUUUAAAAAUUUAAGAAUAUUCAAAAAACCACCCAAGCAACCGGGAGAUGACUUAUUUGAUAGAAUAUCUCCACCUUUAUUAAAUAAGCAAUUUCAAAAUUAUAUGAAGGGCUUAACUGCCAAAGUAUUCCGUACUUACAAUGCUAGUAAGACAAUGCAGGAUCAAUUAGAUUUGAUUCCUAAUGAAGGCACUGUCGCCGAAAAAGUUGUAAAGUUCAAUGCAGCAAAUAGAACUGUUGCUAUUUUAUGUAACCAUCAGCGUACGGUCAGUAAAACGCAUGGAUCGUCCGUGCAGAAGAUUCAUGAUAAAUUGAAAGAAUUGGAAUGGCAAAAAAUUAGGGCUAAAAAAAUGAUCUUACAAUUGGAACCAGGAUUGAAAAGAAAGGAUCCAGAGUAUUUUGAAGAGCUCGAUGACUUAUCAAAAGAAGAUACGGAGCAUAUACACAGAGCAGUUAUCGAAAGAACCAGAGAAGCAGCUCGUAAAAGAUUUCAAAGAGAAAAUGAUAAAUUGAAAAUCGAGGAUAAGCCAUUGCUAACCGAAAAGGACUUACAAGAACGCAUGGAAAAAGUGAAUGAAUUAGAAAAAGAAUACGCAGAGGAAUUGAAAACAGGGAAGCCCCAAAUUAAGAAAUCGAUAACAGUGGAGAAAUUGAAAAGUCAAGUCGAGACAUUGACAAAUAGAAUAGUAAAUACCACAUUCCAAUUAAAAGAUAAAGAAGACAAUUCAGAGGUUUCAUUGGGCACAUCUAAGAUGAAUUAUAUUGAUCCUAGAUUAACUGUAAUGUUUUCUAAGAAGUACAAUGUUCCAAUUGAAAAGUUAUUCACAAAAACUUUAAGAGAUAAAUUUAAUUGGGCCAUUGAAUCAGCGGAUGAAAAUUGGAAGUUCUAG